UGAAGAGAAUUAUUGAGCGCUUUAAAGAGUAUAUCCGCACAGAACAGUUUCACACGAUAUGAUGGACGUCUAAUAGAGUUUUGGUCUGUGUGGAUACAAAGUUGGCAGAGAGACUUCUAAACGGAGGGAUUUAAACGAUCACUCUCGAAAUAUCUCGAUUUGAUGUUUUUCGAGAGUUAAAUCUCUCUAACUGACCAAUUGCAUCAAUCGAUUAAAUCGAAGAUGGUUGACUUGAAGGUUUUUAACCAUGCAGGUGGAAGAAAACCUUAAAAGGUUGGUGUUUGCAGAUGUGUGGCAGUGUUUGGGACUUGCCGGAUCAAUCACGUAUUCAUACGUAUGGUGAAUUGAAUUAUUUGCAAUAAACGAGAUUAUUAUAACCACUACACAUGCGGUCGAUCAGAAACAUUAUUCAAAAGACGUUAAGGUCUUCGAAGAUGUGUCUUCUACAUUUUCCCAAGGACAAAGAUAUAAAAAUGUUGAGAAACGCUCAUACUUCUAAUGUCAGUGCUUUUGGCAAAUAUGAUAUUGUUCGACCUCAGAUGGUUUCUGACCAGGUUGACGUACCUGCGUACAUACCUCAGCCGUCCUACAGUCAGUCAUCAAUACCUGAAGAAGGACCAGAGAUACCUGAGAUCAAAGAUGCUUUUCAAAUAGAAUCUAUGAGACACAGCUGUAAGCUCGCCAGACGUAUCCUAUGUCAAGUUGACUCACUAAUUAAGCCAGGCAUUACAACCGAUUUUCUGAACAACCAACUACACGAUAUGAUUAUUGCCAAUGGAGCAUAUCCCAGUCCGCUCAAUUAUUACGGAUUUCCCAAAUCCGUAUGUACAAGCAUUAACAAUGUUGCCUGUCAUGGAAUUCCAGACAAUAGACCUUUACAAGACGGUGAUAUUCUCAACGUUGAUAUAACAGUGUAUCUGAAUGGAUAUCACGGUGAUUGUUCAACCAUGUUUCAAGUGGGGAAUGUUGAUGCAGAAGGCAAACGAUUAAUAUCAGUUACGGAAUUAUGUUUAAAAUCGGCUAUUGAAAUAUGCAAGCCAGACGAACAUUUUUGUAAUAUUGGUAAUGUGAUAGAAAAAAUAGCAAAUAAACACAAUUUCAAUGUGAUACCCGCGUUUACGGGUCACGGCAUUGGGACUUAUUUUCACGGACCUCCAGAUAUUUUUCACUUCGCAAAUUCUUAUUCUGGUAAAAUGAAAGCUGGAAUGACAUUUACUAUCGAACCAGUUUUGAGUCAGGGAAUGAUAGAAUGUGAAAUUUUAGAAGAUGGAUGGACAGCUUGCACCAUCGACAAUUCAAGAACAGCGCAAAUGGAACACACAAUUUUAAUAACCGAUAUAGGUUGUGAAGUACUAACGCUCUAAGUUACAACUAUUGUAAUUGUUUUCCCGAUAGAUAUAUAAAUAUAAUUAUUAUACAGGAUGUCCGACAAUUAGUUUAAUACGCGCGUAAGACCCAAUGCAUGCU